GCUUAUUCCUCACACUCAGAGCGAAGAAGAAGAAGAAGAAGAAGAAGAAGAAGAAGAAGAAGAAGAGCAUCCAUCAGACAUCUCUCUCAGACAGGUAUUGUUCAGACUGACAGACAAAAAUGAAGAUGGCUGGCCUGUGUUGGAUAUCUGUGCUGCUGGCAGUCAGUCUGUCUAUUGGAGACUGUGCGACGCUGAAACUAGAUUACGUUAAAAGAAUUGCUCAACUCAUCCAGAAAAACUUCCAACAAAAUGGGAAGCAGUUCAGCGUGGCAGUAAACAUCCCAGAGGUCCCAAAAACAACUAAGGAGUUGGAAGAGGUUAUUUUACCUGUCAAUCGGGAAAAGUUUAAUGAUGAUCUUGGUAAAGGCAAGGUGUACAAAGGCAACAAUGCUGUUGUGGCAAUUCCUCAGAGGAAAGACACCUACACUGACCAUGCAGAGGCACAGGUACUAGACAAUUUAGGCAACUUAGCUAACACACAUAAGGGUAACAUUCUGGUCCUCUACUCCUGGCUUUCUCCAUGUGGUGACAAGUGUACAAACAUUAACAACCAAAACAAUAUCUUAACGAAGAUCAAAGAAAAGGUAAAGCCAAAAUGGAAAAGCUUUGCCUUUGUGUUUCAUACAGUAUAUACUUGGUUCAUGGACAACAACAAGAACAAGAAGGACAUUCCUGAAGCUGACAUUAAAAUGACAUUUCGUAAUCUUAGACAAGUAAUAGUUGACGACAACAUUUUCCGCUGUUACAAGCCAGAGAAAAAAAAAUUCCAAUGUGUCAAGUGCUUCCAAAAUCCUUUAGAUGUUGAUCCUGUGGCUGCGUGUGUUAAAAAGUAGGAAUGAAUGUGUGUAGGCCAAAAGAAGAGCUGACCUAGGCAUUGACACAACUGGAUCCUACUAAAAUGUUACUUUGAAAAGUUCAUUAAUGCUCAACAAUGCACUUCCUGCUUUAAAUUGCUUGAUAUUACACCGGCAUGCUAAGGACCCAAACACACUCAUAUUUGGUCACAAACUAAUCAGCAGAGCUUUCAUCCAUUUCUUGCAACAUAACUCUGAGGUUGAUUUAAUGUUUAGUAUAUUGACUUAUUUUGGUGUUGUUCUAUGUUAAUGUUGUGAUUUAUCUUCUGUACUUACUGCAGUUUGACUCAGUGUUGGUUUGAGAGGCAUUUUUUGUUCUAUCCAAAUAACAAAACAAAAAAAGCCAAAAUAAUUACAGUCCACUGAGAUUUAGAGACACAUAAUAAAUGAAUGACGUAUCAAAUUAAAAUGUUGUGCUUAUGUAACGGCCUAACAAUUUAACAUAUUACGGAGGGAGGUUUGAUAUUUGGUUCAUGUUGAAAAAGUGUUCAAAACAUAUACUACCCUAUUUCAAAAAGCCAAAGAAAUGUUUAAAGAGUGAUAUUGUUUAUUGUACAUCAACCUCAGUCAUAGGGUUUAAGUGAUUGUACUCAAUACUUAUGUUAAGCUUUACCAAAUGAUUUCUGCUUUUUCUGAUUAAAGCUUUGCUAAGCAUUCUCA